AUGGCUGUCCGCUGCCAGUUUGAGAACUCGACCGACAUUGGAGUCUUCUCCAAGCUCACCAACGCCUACUGCCUCACGGCUCUUGCCUCGUCGAGCAACUUUUACUCGACGUUCGAGGCCGAGCUCAGCGAUGUCAUCCCCAUCGUGCACACGACCAUCGCCGGCACGCGCAUCGUCGGCCGCCUGACCGCCGGCAACCGCCACGGCCUCCUCGUGCCCUCCACCACGACCGACCAGGAGCUGCAACACCUCCGCAACUCGCUCCCUCCCACCGUUGCCAUCCAGCGUGUCGAGGAGCGGUUGUCGGCCCUCGGCAACGUGAUUGCCUGCAACGACUACGUCGCGCUCGUCCACCCCGACAUUGACCGCGAGACUGAAGAGAUCAUUGCCGACACACUCAAGGUCGAGGUCUUCCGUCAGACCAUUGCCUCCAACGUCCUCGUUGGCUCGUACUGUGCUCUCUCCAACCAGGGCGGCCUUGUCCACCCCAAGACGUCGAGGUCCGAGCUCGACGAGUUGUCGUCCCUCCUCCAGGUCCCACUGGUCGCCGGAACCGUCAACCGCGGUUCCGAAGUGAUUGGUGCCGGUAUGGUCGUCAACGACUGGUGUGCCUUCACCGGUCUCGACACGACGGCCACCGAGGUCAGCGUCAUUGAGGCCACCUUCCGCCUCCAGGGCCAGACCUCCGCUGCUGUUAUCAACGAGAUGCGCGACUCGCUCAUCGACCACUACGCAUAA